AUGUCGUCCUCGUCCCAUCAGCAAAAUGCCGUGCCCAUCGAUCAGCUUGGCCUCGCGGAAGAGGAUGCACUAGCGCUACACCAAGCCCAGGCGCACAUCAACAGAGGCGGCGGUGCGGGUUCAUCUUCCUCACGUGCGGCCAGCAGGGCCUCCUCACAAGGCCUCCUCAUGAUGGACACAAGUUCCCUGCGACAAUUGGGCCAUCAUUUUGACCGCGUGGUUCGGGGAAUCCAGGAGCGCAUCCAGCACUUGACGGAACAGUGCGAUGCGGCUACUCGCGCCAUGUAUGACGAAGCGGGUAACCUGGUAGCAGACGCCGAUGCGGAAAUCGCACGGUAUCAUCGCAUCAUGGCAGAGUUGGAUGACCUGGAUCUCGAGUUCGACCGCAUCGAAAAUAUCCGCGAGAUUGUGAGAGGGUAUCGCCAAAGAGCUGCCGAUCUCGAGCGCGAAUUAGCCAUGAGCACCGGAUCGUCAACCUCGCGUCGCCAUCAUCAAUCCAGCAGCAGCAGUCGUCACCACCACCAUGGACACAAGCAUGGACAUUCGAGCUCAAGAUCUCGACACUGA